GCUUGUCCGACUAUAUUAAACCUACUGGUCGGGAGAGUCAGGCUUAUCUUAUCAACAUUCUGCCAUACUUCUCUGGAAGCAGGAGGAGAAUCCCGAGUCAGUAACAUUAGUUGAAAAGGCUGAAGGAGCAACAUGAGCACCUUUUUGCAAUCUGUCGUGCAGUGGUUUUGGAGUUGCAGCACCUUGAGUCGGCUCGCCGCGGUCGACUUCGGGAUCCAGUGGGGCGGCUUCGUUGUGGCUGCUCUGCUCCAGACGGAAAAGUUUUACGAUCUUACAGGUUCUAUCACAUACAUCCUCAUUGCCUAUUUGAAUUAUAAAUGGAGUAAUUCAGGACAUCCUCGUCAGCUUAUUCAGACCAGUUGUGGUUAGGAGCCUUUCUCUUCACCCGCAUUGUAAAGGCCGGAAGGGAUCGCCGAUUUGAUAAAACCCGAGCUAAUCCAUCCCGGUUCUUCUAUGCUUGGACCAUUCAAGGGGUGUGGGUCAUUGUCACAAUCCUGCCCAGCCUGUUAGCCGUGCUGUCACCCCGCCAGCGCCCCCUAAGCACAAGAGACUAUGUGGGCUGGGGCAUCUGGCUGGCAGGCUUCCUAAUUGAAGUUGUGGCUGACUACCAGAAGACAGUCUGGAGAAACAAUCCAGCCAAUAAGGACAAGUUCAUCAACACUGGUCUCUGGUCACUGUCCCGCCAUCCCAACUAUUUUGGAGAGAUCAUGCUCUGGUUUGGCCUUUACGUCAGUGCUUCAUCUACCUUCUCAGGCUGGGAAUAUCUCACAAUCUUGUGCCCGCUGAUGGACUACCUGCUCAUCACCCGUGUCUCUGGAAUCCCUAUGCUAGAGAGCUAUGCAAUGAAGAAGUGGGGCACCUCACCUCAGUACAGGACAUACUACAAGAAUACACCUGAGCUUAUUCCCUUUUUCGGAUAAGCUCCACUGUACUUAUUGUCUUGGCCUCUUGGCUUCUGAAAUGAAUUCCAUUUUAUGUUUAAAUAUGUAUAGAAAGUAAGUAAUGUACAGCAGUUUAUACUCAGGAAGUAGGAGGUAUAAGAAUGAAUUAAAGUCAGGAAAAAAAUAA